CGCGGAUCUCACGCUGCAUAUACGCUGCCCCAGCCCCCCAUACAGCUCGAUCCCAAUCGCGACAGCCCGUGCAAGCAGAAUGAUCCAAGACGAAGUAGUCCUCCAGGGGGAGAUCGUCGCCGCGGAGGCACCGCCCCAGCCAAUGCAGGGCGAAGUCGUACUCCAGGGGGAGCUCGUGGCGGAGGCGCCGCCCCAGGCACCAGUAUACGCUCAGCCGCCACAGCCUGUAUACUCUCAGCCCGCACCUGUUGCGAUGCCACCGGCCGCGCCGCAAACUGUUCAGGUUCAGAUACCGGCCGGCAUGAGGUCAAAUCAAGUUUUUAACGUCCAGGCGAACGGUCAGAUGAUUCCGGUGACGGUCCCUGUGGGCUGCAGACCUGGUGGGUUACUCACCGUGCAAGUGCCGCCCGCGGUGACGGUCCAGCAGCCGGUCGUGCAGCAACCGGGCCAGACGAUCGUCGUCCAGCAGGGCGGCGGCCGCGCCCACAAGUACGACGCGUCGGUGCUCUCGGGAGCGUGGAUGAUGGACAACGAGGCCUGCCCCGGCUGCUGCCCUCGGCAGAUGAAUAUCAUGGCGAUGGGACAAGAUGCGUUCCAACUCGGGCAGAGCCCGAUGUUCACGCGCGACGGCGGAACCGACAACUUCCGGUCCGCGGGGAGCCCUGGCAGAGGGCCGUGCAUGGCGCUCGUUCUCAGCGAGAACGACAUCAAGCUCGCCGCCGCCGGCGGCAACGAAAACUUCAAGCUGACCAAAAUCAAACGCACCAACCUGGUCGACCGAGCCCAAACUGUUCAGGUCCAGAUUCCGGCCGGCAUGAUGCCCGGUUCAGUAUUCGACGUACAAGCGAACGGCCAAAGGAUACGGGUGACGGUUCCCGCGGGUGGCAAAGCCGGCCAGCUCCUGAACGUGAGGGUGCCGCAACAACGGCCAAUAGGCCGCUGACGACGGUUGCUGCUGCUGAACGGUCCGCGCCCGCCGGGCGAUCACGAUCCUCAUCGCGAUAUUUUUUGUACCUCCCCCGCCCCGGUAGAAUACUAAAAUACAGUCCAAGCGAG